AUGGCGCUCAGACACUCCGACUCUACAGAUAUGGAUGACGGGACUGGGGCUGGCGGCCGUGCUGCUGAUGUGUGCAUGUCAGACCGCCUCAUACCGUCGCGAGGUUCCUGUACCGAAGUUAGACAAUUGAAGUUGGAAAGAGAUGAAAACUGGGCGCCGCAGAAUGAAUAUCACGAGGUCCUUUCGCAAAACGUGCUCGGAAAGGAGGCUCUGAGCAACGUCAAAAUCCUGAGCUACCAGCAUAAACCAAUGAAACAAGAGGCAAGUCUGAACGAACUGCGUGUUCUGUAUAGCAGCAACCGGGAUGGUACCAGAAGUGCUGCUAGGACUUGCAGACAGCUUCCUCAAAGCGCUGCCAAAGUGUUGGAUGCUCCAGGCAUGCUGGAUGACUUCUACAGUCAUCCGAUUGACUGGUCUUCGCAGAAUGUAGUGGCAGUUGCACUGUCUGACAUGGUUUUCCUUUUUCAUGCAGCUACCGGAAGCACUCAGAAACUGCUGCAACUGCCCAGCGGCUCCGUGACCACUCUCCGCUGGACGGAGGCAGGAGGUCACUUGAGUGUUGGUGCAUCGUCAGGUGAAGUACAAAUCUGGGAUGCCGCAGCUCAACGCCAGCUGCGAAAUCUCCGAGGACACUCCGGCCGAGUCGGAGCUCUUGCCUGGCAUUCCCACAUGCUGAGCAGUGGUUGUGCAGAUGCAGAAAUCCAUCAACAUGAUGUCCGAGUGAGAGAACACCUCAUCAGCCGAAUGACCUCCCAUUCAGACUUGGUCUGUGGCCUGGACUACAACUGCGAAGGAAUGCUUGCCUCAGGAGGCAAUGACAACCUAGUAUGCAUUUGGGAGACUCCAACUUCCUGCAGCCCGCUGCACACCUUCACAGAGCACCAAGCAGCCGUUAAAGCCCUUCGCUGGUGCCCAUGGCAAAGACAUGUUCUGGCUACUGGUGGAGGGUCUGCAGACCGCCAAGUUUGCUUGUGGAAUGCCUCCAGUGGUCGAAUGUUGAUGUCUACAAAUGCCGAGAGUCAAGUCACUGGGAUAAUCUGGGGCCAACAUGAGCGAGAGCUUCUCACUGCUCAUGGGUACUCGAGGAAUCAACUAUCACUUUGGAAGUAUCCGUCACUGGUCAAGGUUGGUGACUUGGAAGGGCACGAAGGGCGGUUGCUAGGGCUGGCACAGAGUCCUGAUGGCUCGCUUGUGUGCUCAUCAUCUGCCGAUGAAACGCUGCGCUUUUGGCGUGUGUUUUCUCCCGCAGGUGUUGAGAAGCGGGCUGUCACCAGCCAGACAACAAACACGAUUCUGAAAACGAUCCGCUAG